GACGACGGUGAAUAUUUUUUUCUGGCAACUUCGAGAGCAUUAAGCGAAAGCAAAAAAACCUCGAUAAAAACUUGGGGCGAGAUCGUGUGACUCGUGAGAAAAUUUUUGAGAGUUGAAAUCGAAGGAUGAAAAAGUGAUCUUUGUUUACUUGGAGAGUAUUAGAUUUACCAGCGUCGCGAUUUGAAACCGGAAUUUUGAUUAUUUUUUUGGUUGUCUUUCGGGGGGAAAAUUAGUAGACAAUGGAGGAAAUAAGAUCGGCGAUGGAGCAACAAAUGGAUCUAAUGGCGGAUCUGGUUCAGAAACUCUCCGGUGAUCUAAGAACAGGAUUACAACCUGCUUACGAUAAUUUCUUGGGAUUUUUCCACGCCAUUGAUUGGAAGGAGCCUUGGAUCAUGGGAUUAAUGGCGUUUCAUGCUUUCUUGCUACUAGUGACUCUUCUUUCUAGAAGGCAUCUCAACUUCCACAUGUUCCUCUUCUUAUUGGCAUUGGGUGGGGUUUACUUUGCAGAGAAUCUCAACCGGGAGUUGAAAAAAAACUGGAAGAGCUUCUCAACUCAAAACUACUUUGACCAGCACGGGGUCUUUGUAUCGGUUCUUUGGUCUGGACCUCUUUUGGUCAUUGCAAUGAUAAUCCUGAUAAACACACUGUUUUCGCUCUGCUACCUGAUUGUGAAGUGGAAAAGAGCUGAACUCAGGCAUCGUGCAAGGCUUGCUCGUACCAAGGAGGAAUAGAUGAUCCCAUUAUCUCACACAUUUUAUGUAUACUCUCACUUUGCAACAAACUCUUUUUUGAGUUUUUAAAGUAGAAUCUGCUCUUUUUAUGUAUUUCGUUUUGGCUUUUAAAGUGAAUUAAAUUGUUUCAAACCGAACCAAAUCAAACCAGAUCAUUCUACAGUACUUCAGUUUGUACUCGACAUAACCUGAUUUCUGUUUUUUUUUUUUUGAACAUCUGCAACUUUAUUUGAUUUGUUAAUGUUGAUACAAGUA